ACCUGCAGAACCCUUUACCCCCUGUCAUUUGUGGACUCACCCCCUUCUGAUGCAACGCAAAUUGGUACCAAACCAAUACCUAGCCCUAGCUUCCGGCGCACUCUUGAUGUUUGCCGGCCGUCCCUCAAUGUAGCUUCCCGUCGAGCUCUAGGUCUUCAACCCCUGUUCGGUCACCGAUGGUAGCUGCUUGGUGGAGCUCAGCGUUCGUCAUCUCUGUAUUUGCAGACGCUUUUCAGGAACCGCCAUUUGGUUGCCAUUGUUGGGUUCGCCUCUGCGUUCAGCGGUCGCCUUCGUUCUCGUUCUUUGCCGUCCUCGAUCAAUCGGCCUUCACCGUUCGCGUUACUCACCGUUCACCAUUCGAGUUCGCGUUCGCGUUUGUGUGGAAGCCACGUCGGUCUCCUUCGACCGCUAAGACGAAACAGCGAGCGACCCCCGGCUGUGGUACUACUAGCUUUUGUCGCCUCCGUGAGUUUCCCAAACCCGCCACCAGACAAUACACCCACACAGCACCAAUACUCUGCUUCAACCUCUACAACUUCCGAUUACUAAUACAAUAGAUGGAGGUGAACUUAAGCGAGGGGAUGCUGAUUGUCGAGGGACUCAAAGUGAUGAGUACGAGGAGUUCAACCGUGCCGAAGAAAGAGGAGCCGUGGCCGAUGACGAAUGUUGUGACUUGGAAGACCUUAGCAGACUGAGUGUGGAUGACAUUUUGAAGAAGGUUUGAGUCAACGUUGAGAGUGCAUAUGAGUUCUAUCAGAGGUUUGGAAAAAUACAUGGGUUCGGUGUGUGAAAGGGUGACUCAGGGAAAGACUGUGAGGGGAACUUGGUUAGAUAUAGGUUUUUUUGUAACAAGAAAGGCUUGAGGGAACGUAAACACUAUGACAGGAUUGACAGAAUGAGGGAACACAAACCAGAGACAAGAACUAACUGCAAGGCAAUGUUAUCAGUUUUUUAAGACAAAAAUGAUAAGUGCUGGAAGGUGAAGAAGCUAGUCACCGAACACAACCACGAGUUGACACCGGUAGGAAUGGUGCACUUGAUUGCCAAUCAUCGUGGGUUAACGAAAACGGUAAAGAGUCAGAUAGAUGGGAUGCAAGCACAUGGUAUUGCAAUGUCUAAGAUUGUAGGGCACAUGGCUAGUAUGGCCUGUGGCUAUUCGUUGUUGGGGUUUCUAAAGAAGGAUGUCUACAACUACGCUGACAAACAACGGCGUAUUAAAAUAGCUGACGGUGAUGCUAAUUCUGUAAUAGUGUAUCUUGAGGGAAAAGCCGAGUUAGACCCAUGGCAAUCGCAAAAUAUAAUGCGACUUGUGACAACAGGCUAACGAAUCUGAUUUGGGCUGACGGAUCUAGCAGAGUUGAUUACCAAUACUUUGGUAAUGUAUUGGCGUUUGAUUCAACAUACAAGAGACUGAUUGUGAUUUUUUCUGGAUCAAACAAUCACAAGCAGACCACCAUCUUUGGGUUUGGGUUGUUGCUUGAUGAGAGUGUUGCUUCCUAUCGGUGGAUGUUGGAGAAUUUGAUGGAGAUCAUGUGUGGUAAGAAGCCGGCUGUAGUUGUGACUGACGGCGACAAGACUAUGAUAAAAGCAGUUUCCGAAGUGCUUCCCUCUGCGACCCAUCAUUUAUGUGCAUGGCAUGUGGAGAAAAACGUCACAUCUAAUGUAAAGGGUGAAGAAUUACUUGGGUUGUUUAGAAGAUGGUUGUAUGCAGAAAUGGCGACAGAUGACAUCGAAUCCAAAUGGGAGCAGGUUGCCGAUGAGUAUGGCCUACGCGAGAAACAAUGGUCAUGCCAGAUGUAUGAUAAAAAGGAGAUGUGGGCAAGUGCAUAUCUGCGUGACAAGUUUUGUGCGAGAUAUCGGACAACAUCUAGGUGUGAAGGCAUUAACGCAUACGUGAACAAGUUUUCAAAGUCCACCCACACAAUUUACGAGCUGGUUCAGAGCUUGGAGAUGGUUGCCUGAGAGUUUCGGAAUAGGGGGUUGCUGCUCCAGUUUCAAUCCAUCAACUCGGUUUUGGUUAUGACAACAUGCCUGAGAAGUAUUGAAAGACAUGCCACUACGGUAUACACAAGAGAAGUAUUUGGGGAUGUCAAGAAGGAGAUCGAAGGGGUAGGUGCUUUGAACCAGAUUAACAAAAGAAGGAUAUUGAAUACAAUGGUAUACACCCUUGAGGAAUAUGAGGAACCUAAUGUACACAUAAUGGCGUCCUUUGGUCGGUCGACUAGCAAAGUAAGUUGUCAAUGUAACUUCUGGAAGAAGCAUGGAUAUCCAUGCAAGGACAUGUUCUUUGUGAUGAAGGCAGAGCACUUGAAGGAGAUACCCGAUAAGCUCGUUCUGAGGAGGUGGAAAAUUGAUGCAAAAUCCCCUGAGCAGUACACGAAAAGUUGAGGUGACGUUAGCGAACACGGUGUUAUUCUCCGCCAUGGGGCACUCCAUUUCGCAUCGCAGUGAAUGUUUUUCCUGGGGGCACAAUGGUUGGCAUUGUUCCAAAAGGUUAUAUGUGAAAUUCAGUCCUUAUGUAAAGACCUUGAGUUGGAUUACAAGGCAUUUCAUUGUGGGGUUAAGCCGAGCGCUGAACAUGCCGGUGAAUCAAAUGCUGUGGUUAGGGACCCACUUGUUGCUUAGUCAAAAGGAGCUCCAAAACUUGGAAAGAAAAAAGGCCUUGGUAUGCACUUGCUGCAAGGGUACGGGACACACAAAGAGAACCUACCUAGCCAAGGGUGAUUAUGAUGAACAACACGAUUUGAGAGACGAUGCAUUCGAGGGGGAUGAUUUAGACAUGCCUGACCGGGACGAUGAACACGUGGGUGAUAACCUGUUUUUAGGCCCCAGGGGCACAUCGAAUAACGUCUAUCACAACACGUAAUAAUCAUUCAUUCAUGGAGUUAAGAUUGGUACAAUUGCAAGGCCAAGACAGGUGCCCACGCAACAUAUCAGCAGGCAAGCGUUACUCGUGAGGCCGUUUCAUGGGUAGACAAGUUAGGAGUUCCAUAGGGGUAUGAGGAACUUUGCACGAGAUAUGUUGAUCCCUUUGAUAUUAUUUGUUGUGGUUACGAGUUGGAGUGAACCCUUUGGGUUGUAUUCAAUUUCUUUCAGUUCGAUGUUGUUGCCAAUUUUUUCGAAUGUGAUACUAGAUUAAUUAAUUUGUAUCUGGGUACAUCAAAUGUCAAUACCAAAUUGAUAUUGUUGCAGUGGACCUCGUGGGAUUAUUCCUUGUAUUCAUUGGAACGUCAUGGGUUGGCAUUCUUUUUUGUUCGACACAAUGUGUAUUGGGCUAUCCGUAGAAUACAUUUACACAAAAUCGGGUCCAUGUGGACAUCGGGCCCAACAACAUGUCACUGUUUAUUGACUUGAAAAAGUAAUCUCUAAAGGGUUCUGUCAGAAAAUUCACUUUUGGAGACCAUGCAAUGGAGAGGUCACACGGUCUAUGCAUGUACGGUGAAGGUGAUUAUGC